AUGGCGCAGGCAAAUCCUACGAUGGAAGAAGUCACGAGCGAACAGAACGAAGACCAUCAAGUCGGCGUUGAAACGACUGAAAGGGACAGAAGAGAAAGAAUCCCUACCGAAAAGGGCGAGUCACUUCGCCUGGAAAGGCUUGUUGAGGAGCGAAAGGCCGCAGGAGUCGCUCUGAGGAGGCAGAUAACGAAGGUAAACUCUUUACUCGAAUCGAUGAAAGAAUUAGACGCAAGAGUCCUAGAGCAAGAGCGUGACAGUCUAGACUUGUGUAGGGAUAGGAUGAAUGACGCUCAUCACAAUUAUUACAAAGAAUUGCAUGACACUAAGGAAGCAGAUGAAGCGUACGAGUGGUUUGAUAUUCGGGAUCGCGAACAUUUCCAAUGUCGCAUUAGAAUUAACGAAGCCUUGCUUAGUGUGGAAAGACAAACAAGCGAUAAAAUGUCUCUGGUUUCGUCAAAAUUAUCCAAGCGUUCUUCCUCCUCUUCAGUAAGAUCUAGAAGAGCAAAGGCAGCGGCCAAGGCAGCGUGUCUUCAAGUAGAAAUGGACUUUCUAGAAAGGGAAGCAGAGUAUAAGAAGCUAGUAAUGGAGUUAGCUAAGGCAAAGGCUGAGGAAGAAACCAUGCGCAAAAUCGAAGAAGAAGAAAGGCAGGAGGAUUUCCCCCAGAUCCCGAAGCAUGAAACACCAAUUCUAGACGUCAAACCCAAGCUAUCGCCCAAAGAGGAACCUAGUGAAACGAAACCUUUGCAAGAUAACGAGAUCUUAAACCCAAAGGCUCCGCCCUUUGAACCCCCAAAUGGCCCAGUUGUACGCCAAGGCACGCAUGCUGGUGAAUCACCAUCACGUGAAUCAAAGCCGGAGAUUUCCGACAGAACAGAGGAGUUAACCUCGGUGGUGAAGCUUGUCGCCGAACAACAAAGAAUGAGUCUGCUCCCAGCACAGCAGCCCCCGGUUUUCUCUGGAAACCACUUCGAUUACGCAGCAUUCAUCAGUGCCUUCGAAAGUUUAAGAGAGUGUCUCUAUUCCUAUGAUAAGGCUAGAAAGGUAUUAAAGGAAAGAUUCGGCCAUCCUUAUCGCGUUGCACAGGCCUACAAGGAUAAGCUGAAUGCUUGGCCUCCUAUGAAAGAAGGGGACGGCGCGCGUUUGCAACAGUUUGCUGAUUUCCUGGUGCUUUGCGAACAAGCCAUGAAUACGUUAAAGUACAUGGAAGGCCUUAACUCCGAGGACACUCUUAGAAGGAUAACUGCAAAGCUGCCAAGUAACAUGGGAGUGAAAUGGUGCCGUUUUGCCAAUAAGAUGUUAAAAUCAGAAGAAAGACUUUCUACGUUUCAUGACGUUGUCAAAUUUGUAACACAAGAAGCAGCCUUGGCAACCGACCCAGUAUUCUCACCUGAAGCCCUCAAGGAAGCAAGGAAAGAUGAGUUCACUAGCAGUAGCAGCAGUGACAACAACACCAACAGGAACACAACCUGGCGAAACAAUGGAAGAAAAGGCAAGAGUACAAGUAGCUUCUUGACAAGUGCCACACCUCACGAUGAUCAACCGCCACCAGGUUCUUCAUGUCCAUUCUGCAACAGUCAGCAUCACGAUCUGGAGAAGUGCUCAAGUUUCAAGAAGAAGACUGUUAAAGAAAGAAGAGCAUUUAUCCAAGAAGCUAGAAUAUGUUUCGGUUGUCUCUGCUACGGCCACAUGUUAAGAAGAUGUCGAAACCGGAAGGUGUGUAAGACAUGUAGUAUGCCCCACCCGACCAUCCUUCAUGAUGAAAGCAAAAUUUCUCCCAAGCAAGGUAGUGAAGACCAAGCAAGAGUAGUUCAGGCAGCUGAAGCAACUAGCAGCUGUACAAGUACCUGUAAUACUACUGGAGUCACCGAUGCCAUCACAAACUCUAUGAUUGUUCCGGUUCGAAUGUACCACCAAGACAACCUCGAAAGACAAGUUGUAAUUUAUGCGCUGCUCGACCCAGCUAGUAACGGAACUUUCGUUAAGGAAAGCAUACUCGAAGAACUGCAAGUUAAUGGAGUCGAGACUCAAUUGAAGCUAAACACAAUGCAUGGUUCAGAAGUAGUUCCUACUCGUAGAGUGAGCGGUCUUAUCGUGGAAAGAAUGGAUAGAGCGGUCUACAUCAAGCUUCCCAAGACGUACUCAAGGAACGAAAUACCAUCGAGAAGAAACGAGAUCCCAAGGCCAGAGUCGGCAGCAAAAUGGCCACACCUAAGUCAUUUAGCCAACAAGAUUUACCCGUACCAAAACGAUCUGCAAGUGGGACUUUUGAUCGGCUCAAACUGUCCAAACGCCAUAAAGCCGAAGCAGGUCAUUCCUGGUAGAAGCAGCAAUCCUUAUGCCAUCCGUACCCUCCUUGGUUGGGGCAUCAUUGGUCCAGUGACAGGAAGUACAACCACAGAAGAUUCGGAUGUCUUAUGUCACAGAGUUGCAGUGAACGAGAUCGGUAGCGAAGAAUUACCUUCCCAUAGUUUUGUUGUUGAGACACACGUAAAAGAGAUCAUCUCUCCAGAAGCAGUUAAGAGAAUGUUCGAGCGAGAUUUCAAUGAAGGGAAGCACGCGGCUCAACAAACCCUUUCCAUGGAUGAUCGAAGAUUCAUGGCAAAGGUUAAAGAAGGAAUUACCCAUCGUUCAGAUGGACACUAUGAACUGCCAUUGCCACUACGAAAUGAAUCGUUAGCCCUGCCGAAUAACGAGAAGCUUGCAGUCCAUCGCCUCCAGCAGUUGAAACUGAGAUUUCGAAGAGAUGAGAAAUACAAAGAAGACUACACGGCAUUUAUGAAUGACAUGAUUAAGAAGGGAUAUGCUGAGAAGAUACCAAAGGACGAAGUUAGGAAAGAUGGAAAGACAUGGUACCUUCCUCACCAUGGUGUCUUCCACCCUCAGAAGCCGGACAAGAUCCGCGUAGUCUUCGAUUGCUCCGCGGAGUACAAAGGGGAGGCUCUUAACAAGUAUCUUCUCCAAGGCCCAGAUCUUACCAACAAGCUUGUUGGAGUGCUAUCGAGGUUCAGAAGGGAGCCAGUUGCCUUCAUGGCAGAUAUAGAAGCAAUUUUUCUGCAGGUCCACGUCACUGAACAUUGUAGAGAUCUGUUACGCUUCUUGUGGUGGGAGGAUGGCGAUGUAAACAAGGAGCCCACGAUAUACCGGAUGACCGUUCAUCUCUUUGGAGCUGGUUCGUCUCCCGGUUGUUGUAACUUUGCGCUAAAGAAGACCGCUGAUGACCAUGAGCAAGAGUUUGGCCUCGAACCAGCCGAGUUCCUGAGGAAAGAUUUCUACGUUGACGACGGUCUGAAAUCUGUACCUUCUACAAGUCAAGCAAAGGAGCUCAUACGCAAGACUAAAGAGAUGUGUCGGCGCGGAGGAUUUAACCUGCAUAAAUUUACAAGCAACAAAAGAGAAGUUAUCGAGUCCAUACCAGUGGAAGAUCGUGCGAAAGGCAUAAAGGAGCUGAAUCUCGAGAAGGAUGAACUGCCUAUGGAAAGAGAAAGUAUUGGGUCAGACGCUUUCAAGUUCCGGAUCGUGAUGCAAGAUCACCCUUUAACGCGAAGAGGAAUUCUGUCCACUGUUAGCAGUGUGUACGAUCCGUUGGGGUUUCUGGCACCUCUAAUCUUGACAGGAAAAGGCCUUCUGCAAGAUCUGUGCAGAGGUAAAGUGGAAUGGGACGACCCUAUCCCCGAGAACAUAAGAUCACGUUGGCUGAAAUGGAGGGAUGAGUUACACCACUUAGAAGAUCUCUCCGUUCGAGGAUGCUUUAAACCAGAAGGUUUCGGAACGGUGAUAUCAACACAGCUUCAUCACUUCUCAGACGCAAGCACGACUGGGUAUGGCCAGUGUUCAUACGUUCGUUUGGUAGACGACAAAGGCCAGAUCCACUGUUCCCUGAUUAUGGGCAAAGCAAGAGUAGCUCCUUUAGAGAUGGUCACCAUACCACGUCUGGAACUCACAGCAGCUGUGGUGUCAGUGAGGGUCAGCGAGAUGCUCCGUCAGGAGCUCCAGUAUGAAAGUGUAGAAGAAAUCUUCUGGACUGACAGUAAAGUCGUGUUGGGCUACAUAAAGAACGACUCGAAGAGGUUCCACGUGUUCGUAGCCAACCGUGUUCAACAAAUAAGGGACCAAACCUCACCUAGCCAAUGGAGACACGUCGAAACGAAGUGUAACCCAGCCGAUGAUGCAUCGCGUGGUAUCACUGCCAAGGAACUCGUUGAAAGUUCAAGAUGGAUUUCAGGGCCAGAGUUCCUUUGGAAACCCGAAGACCAGUGGCCACAACCCCUCGAGGCUCAAGACCUCGUUACGCCAUCAGACGAUCCAGAGGUGAAGAAUUUGACUUCUUAUGCAACAAGUACGCAAGAGCCAUGGAACCUUGUUGAGAGUUUAAACUACUUCUCGGACUGGCAUAGGGCGUGUAGAGCCGUUGCUAUCUGUCUACGCUACAAGCAAAAACUCCGUCAACUGGCGUCCUCCAAGAAAGAAAGUUGUGCUAAACCAACAAAACGUCAGCAAAAGCCUGCCCUGACAGUGGAAGAGAUUUUAUCAGCUGAAAGGGAAAUCCUCAAAGCAGCCCAGAGGGUCGCCUUUUCAAGGGAAAUGGGUCUGUUAAAGCCGUUUCAAGAAGGACAAGAUAGAUCAUCCGCGCAGCAGAAGAAGAGAGCCAUGAAGGCGACGAGCUCGUUGUACCGCCUCGACCCAUUCAUUGACCAUGAUGGAGUGCUACGAGUUGGUGGUCGGAUCCAACGAGGCGAUUUUACAGAUGAAACAAAGUUCCCAGUCAUCCUUCCGAGAAAGGGCCACGUUACAGGUCUGAUCAUUAAGCACUACCAUGAGAAGGUUCAACAUCAAGGUCGUGGAAUGUCCUUAAACGAGAUCCGAGCCAAUGGAUUCUGGGUUAUCGGCGGAACAUCAGCUGUAGCCUCCAAAAUUGCAAAUUGUGUCACCUGCCGGAAGUUACGAGGUGCAUUCCAGGAGCAGAAAAUGUCCGACCUUCCGGAGGAUCGUCUGGAACCGGCACCCCUCUUCACCUACUACGCUGUCGACUACUGUGGACCAUGGUAUAUUAAGGAGGGGCGCAAGGAGGUAAAGAAGUAUGUUGCCCUCUUCACGUGCAUGGCAUCAAGAGCCGUACAUCUUGAAGUCUCGAACUCCUUGGAGACUGACUCGUUCCUCAACGCCCUGCGUCGUUUCAUUUGCAGAAGGGGUCCUGUACGUCAGCUGCGCAGUGAUCAUGGAACGAAUUUCAUCGGAGCAAAACGAGAGCUCCGCGAAGCGUUGCAGUCUAUGGAUCAAGAUCAGCACUGA